ACUUUCAUCUGACAUUGAAACAAUGACGAACAUUGAAAUGAAGAUGAGUCCUUUUUCUGAGAAUUAAUGGAAUAAAACAGGUUGGUUAAAACACUUUGCGGAACUCGGCAUCGGCAUCGUCUACAAAAAUAUCUUAAUCUUGGGGAAAUGAUUGAAUCCUUACUGCUGAGGAUGUGCUGAGGGUGCGCUGGUUGUAUGUAUGUUAAUAACCUUGGUGACUCGAAGAGGCUCCUUAAAUUUCGUGCACUCCAGUGUGAAACUACCUACUUAGAUGCGUGAACUCACAACCGCGCAGUGGACAAGUGGCAGCCGCGGCCGGCGGCAGGAAAUGAUCCAAGCUCAGUAAGUUAGGAAGGGAGUUUAUAAGUAUCCAUAAUGCAGGAGUUAGUCAGCUGCAAGCAGAGGGUAGAUUAACUCUCCACUCCACUACUUACCACACAACAGGUAUAUACAUUACACAAGGUCAAUAACAAGUACCUAUUUUAGUACCAACAGCUACUAGCAACCUAUAUUUCAACCAACUAGAUUUUUAAAGUUAGGUAGGUACUUAGGUAUAUAUUAACCCUUAUAAACAUUGCAGUAACUAGGUAGGAUACCAAAUCAGAAGUACCAAAUAUAUUUUAAAGUUAUCGUAUUAUGUGCCUAUCUUGUGAUGUGGUACCGUAUUAUUGUUUUUAUUUCAGUGUUAUCGGUUCAAGGAGCGAUCAAUUACUGUGGCAAAGAUAUUUGUAACAAUAGCAAACAACAUACUUUAUGUAAAUAUCAGUCGGAGCACCCAGCAGCAAAUUGUAUAAAUUACAAGAGAUUAAUUAACAAGAAUGAUAAAGUUGCAGUAUUGCACAAAAUAAAUGCUCGAAGGAAUAAAAUAGCUGCUGGAGAAAUACGCUCGCUGCCGUCAGCUGCUAAUAUGAUGAAACUGGUGUGGAGCGAGGAGCUGGCGGUGGCGGCGCAGCGAUGGGCCGACCAGUGCACGGGGGCCCCGGGUGGCACCGACAUGUGUCGCGAUCUGGCAACAUCCCCGGUGGGUCAAAGCGUGGCGACGAUAUUCGGGGACGCCCCCGGACUCACCGGCGUGGCGCUGGUCGACGUGUGGUUCACGCAACUACUCAACGUCAACGCGACCAUUAUAGAUAAAUAUCUACCGUCUCCAGAACUGAGCUCGCCGUACGAUGACUUCACGCAGCUGGCGUGGGGUGCCUCGCGCGAGGUGGGCUGCGGCGCCGUGCGGUUCACGCAAGUUUCUGGCGGCCUGAAGAACGUGACAGUUCACAGAUUAGUGUGCAACUUCGCCCCGGCCGGGAACCACCGCGGGGAUUCUGUGUACAAAGAUGGCGACCCGUGCACACAGUGUCCCGGGGGCAGCCAGUGUGAUGACGAAUAUUUAGCUCUGUGUCCAAAUCUAAAGACGACAGUGCCAGUAAACGAAACAAUUGAUGAAGAAAUAAUUAGCAAAAAAGAUUUGAUGAAUGAAAAUACGACCGAACUCGCAACACAUACAGUAAAUUAUACUGCUGCGCCAGAUAAUGAUGAUGUGCUUCCCAUAUUCAAUUACUUUGCUCAUACUAACACAUUUUCGAGACAACCAGUUACAAUACGAACGACUGCUAAAGAAAAUUCUUGUAAAGAGGCCGCAGUAGACGAGUUGCUAGAAAUUUUGAAGAAAAAACUUACUACAGAUCCAAUGUUUAAAGAUAUAUUUUCUCUUAUAAAGAGUUUGGAAGUAGCUGAAUCUAAUUUUAGUGAUGAAGGAGUAGUAGCAUUUGUUAAUCGUUUGUACAGAAAAAAUAACACACCGACCGUAACUGCAAAACGCGAAGACAACUCUAUCAAUUCCACAUUACUAACAGAAUUAGUUGAAGCUGUUAUAUUUAGAAAUGCAGACAAGCAUAAUAAUGAGUAUGCCUCAACAACAUCUAUAACAGCAGAUUUACUUCCCAUAAGUCCAAUAAGAAUUCAGGCUGAAGUUGCCCCAGUGAAGACAAAUGAAGGCUUUACAGGUCAUUACUUCUUCCCUGAAGACAUAACUGAGCAUGGAACUGAUGAAACAAGUGAAUACUAUAAUGAAAAUACAGAGCCACCCGUAACAGACGUAAUCCUGGAAAUAGAAAACUUUAAGAAGCAAUCUGCAACGAGAGAUUUUGUUGAUGAAAUACUUGACCUAGAAACCGCUAGCGAUAGUCCUAUAUCGACUAAGCACCAAUUUAUUCUAUCAGAUAUAAGAUCAAAUAAAGGUACUACAUUCAAGUCUGGUCAGCAUAAUAUAAGGAAAUUUUUAGAAGAUAUCAAUGAAAAAUCGGAUAAAAUUGAACCUUACAAAUAUGACAACAUUCAUAUUCUUGAUGAGAAUAAAGGCUUGCGGUUACAAGAUAAUGUAGCACAAAGGAGAAGAAGAGAACAUGCUCGACCAUUUAUUAUAGGAUCAACUCACGAAAGAUUAAAAUUUGAACAUACACGCCAAUAUCCAAAGCGACGAAUGUCGAGCGCAGUUCCAUCUUAUGUAAUACAAUAUAAGGAAUUAUUAAAACAACUAGCUGCAGAUAUAAAAACAUUUCACUUUAAAGAAAAAAAACACUGUUCAUCAAGAGCUUGCGCUGGGAAUAAUAUAGAUACUACUUUUUUGAUAAUUGUUAUUAGUUUUCUAUUUAUUUAAAUUAUUAAAACAACUUUGAUUUGAAA